AUGGCCCAUAAAUGUGGAUUUGAAGCUUUAAAUAGGUCAUUAAAAGAUAUAAGGUCAAACAACGAUAUUAUGGGAGGAAUUACUGUAUUAUUAGCUGGAGAUUUUCGCCAAACCCUUCCAGUUGUGCCAAGAGGAUCCAGAGCUGAUAAAGUCAAAGCUUGCAUUAAGUCAUCGAAUCUAUGGCAGCAUACAUUAAAGCUUUCUCUCCAUGAAAAUAUGUGCGUCCAUCUGAGAGGAGAUAACUCUGCACCACAAUUUUCUGAAAUACUAUUAAAAAUUGGUAACGGAAAUUAUCCUCAGGUUGAAGGUAAACUGAUUAUACCUUUAGAGCUUGGCGUAGUAGUAAAUACAUUGUCUGAGUUAACGGCUAAGAUAUACCCUGAUAUAUGCCAUAUCAACAAAAAAUCAAAUGACUGGUUAUGUGAACGUGCAAUCUUAACACCCAAAAAUGAUAGAGCUGCAGCAAUUAAUGACAAUUUGUUGAAUUUAUUUGAUUCUCCUAAAAUGGAUUAUAACUCAAUAGACUCAGUUAUACAAGCAGAAGAUGCAAUACAUUAUCCUGUAGAGUUCCGAAAUUCUUUAAAUCCACCAGGAUUUCCAAAUCAUAAAAUUAUUUUAAAAAUUGGAACUCCUAUUAUGCUGUUACGAAACUUAAACCCUCCAAAACUUUGCAACGGAACACGUUUGGGUGUAAAAGCUCUACAUAAAAAUGUUAUAGAGGCAACCAUUUUAACAGGCUGUGCUAAAGGAGAUACAGUUUUUAUACCACGUAUACCGCUCAAAACAUCCAAUUAUCCAUUUGAAUUUAAACGACUACAGUUUCCGCUUAAAAUAUCAUUCGCCGUUACAAUAAAUAAAUCCCAAGGACAGACCUUAAAAGUUGCUGGUGUAGACUUAACCGACGAGUGUUUCUCACAUGGUCAAUUUUAUGUCGCAUGCUCAAGAUUAUAA